CUUUAAUGUCUCAAUGUAGGUUGUGCCACUUGUGAAUUUUGAAGUUGGAUCCACUGUUCCCGGAGAUCCUUCGGAAACUGAACGUUGUCUUAUCAGGGGAAGGGAAUCGUUUAGAGACCUUCUUUUCCUUUUUCGCUUCAUGGAGAUCCACGGAGAAGGGUUAUGGACUACCGGUUUGAGGUUUUAUAUUGGUGAUACUUGAAGAGGAGGUCUUACUGGUCAUGAAGGUUGAGUUAGUCUCUUUUGAGAAGUUAUGAAAUUCUUACAGUGGUCUUAGUGAUAUGCCUUGAUUUAAUUACCUGAAGUAACAACUGCUUUGUCAGCGAAAUUUGUUGGAAAGCACGUUUCGGGUGCAUGAUUGCAUUUCAUUUUAUUUUUUUUUGCAAUGCUCAGGAUGGUUUAGCAUUUCUCGUAGUGAGCUAAAUAAGUUACUUUUGAGGAGGCAGAAUAAAUGCAGGAAUAGUCAAGGUUUUCUUCCUCUUGAUUUAGCCUUUGAGUUGUAAGAAUGAAGCUUCGGUUGGAAGUUGCCCUUGCUUGGAUCAUUAUCCUGCUGUGGCUUCAGUACAUUUCUUGUGAUGAACGUUCUGAUGGGUCAGGCAUUAACAAAUGGACCUGUUCAUGUGCUUCUGUUCAACAAGGAAAUCAAAGCUAUGCUAUUGGAUCUAACUGCUCUGCAUCAUGUGACUGCAGUCCUGAAGAAGCUGGUGGAGAUGGAUGGAAAUGUCUUUGUGCUGCUGAAGGAUUGCCCAAAACAGCUGGUCUCCAUGAUUCCAGUUGUUUCACAGCCUGCAACUGCACAUCUGGUUUUCCUGUUGAACCAAAACCGUCCAGGAAGCAGAUUUCCAGCAAAGUCGUCGUGUACAUUCUCCUAAUGUGUGUUGUGCUCACAACUGUUGCAUUUCUUGCAUCAUUGGCAUGCUAUAUACGUAGGAGGGGAAAGUGUCGUCUCCAACCUCCAGUAUUUUCAUCAGAUAAAUACUCAAGCUACAAUAGCACUACCAACCUAAUAAGUUAUAGGUCUAAUUCCAUGCCUGAAUUCAAAGUUAAUGUGAAUUCCCCUUUGAGUCCAUUCACAGGGUGCAUACGGAAGGCUUCUUUCAUGUUUAGAAACAAAAGAAGAACAAUAUAUGGAAAAAUUAUUCAGUUUACAUACUCAGAACUGGAUCUGGCAACCAAUAGGUUCUCCGACGUCAAUCUGAUAGGACUUGGGGCGAGCAGCCAUGUCUAUUGUGGUCAGCUUAAAGAUGGCACUACUGUUGCUGUUAAGCGGCUAAAAACUCAAGGGAGGCCUGAUGCAGAUUCUGUGUUUUUCACUGAAAUUGAACUGAUAUCAAGACUCCAUCAUUGUCAUGUGGUGCCUUUGCUUGGAUACUGCUCGGAAUCUCAAGGAAAAAAUGCUGAGAGGCUACUGGUCUAUGAGUACAUGUCCAAUGGUAACCUAAGAGAUUGUUUGGAUGGAGUUCAAGAAAAGGAACCCUUGGACUGGGGGACUCGUGUUAAUAUUGCUUUUGGGGCUGCGAGGGGUUUGGAAUAUCUUCAUGAAGCUGCUGCUCCUAGAGUUUUGCAUAGAGAUGUCAAAUCCUCCAAUAUUCUUUUGGAUGAGAAGUUUAAAGCUAAAAUAACUGACCUUGGAAUGGCAAAAUGCUUGAGGAAUGAUGACCUUCCCAGCUGCUCGAGUUCUCCUGCAAGGAUGCAAGGCACUUUUGGAUAUUUUGCACCAGAGUAUGCAAUGGUUGGAAAGGCCUCUCUUAAGUCGGAUGUCUUCAGCUUUGGAGUGGUUCUUCUUGAGUUGAUCAGUGGUCGGCAGCCCAUUCAUAAAGGAUCCAAUAAAGGAAAUGAAAGCUUAGUCAUAUGGGCUACCCCUCGUUUACAGGACAGCAAACGAGUGAUCUGGGAAUUGCCUGACUCACUUUUGAAAGGGAAAUUUCCCAAAGAAGAGAUGCAGAUAAUGGCUUAUUUAGCGAAGGAGUGCUUGCUUUUGGAUCCUGAUUCUCGACCAACUAUGAGUGAGGUUGUCCAAAUUCUUUCCACUAUUGCACCUGAGACAUCUAGGAGACGAAAUUUCCCUGUAAACCUAUUUCAGAGCUCAUCCAAUCAAAGAACAACAAAUUCAGUAGACAUGGAGAAGGCUAAGGAACAGGAUGCUGGUCACAUUGAUGCAGGGAGCCUCAGAAGAAUCGCAUCUGAUAGAUGGUCUGCUCGGUGUUCAUUACCCUUGAGCUUAGACCGUACCCUAUGUAUUGAGGACAGCAAGAAAGAGGCAGAUACAGCAAUGUCAGCUGAAUGUAUAGAGAAAUUGAUCCUCUUAACUUCGAAGAGUUGGCGUGCCCCAGACGAUGAAACGGUGGACUUAACUGAGCCCCGAUUUGAAUCUUUUUCUAUGGCAAGCAUUCAAUCACUCUGAUUAGUCUACCCUUCUUGAGGAGUAGGUCUCAAAAAAAAAAAAAUAUCCGAGGGUGAGCUCAUGCAGGUUUAUGAUGGCUCUUGCUGUGACAUGAGCCCAAAAGAAAGCAGGGAAGUGAAUCCAAUCUGAGAUUUUUCAUGUUCUCACAGUGGCUAGUCUGACAAAUGGUCGAAGAGGUGUAUUUUUAUCUUUAUUUGUUCAUAUUUUUUUUUUCCAUUUUAUCUUUAUCUCCUUUACUGAUGUACAGAGUAAUUGAAAAAAAGAAGAAGAAAAGAAUGGUAGUA